UAGAUGUAUUUUUCCUCUUCUGUACAAAGCAAAAGGUGUUUUAUUCCUUUAUUGAUUUUUCAGAGAUCUUGGCUGGGCUCCUGAAAUACCGCACCCCCCACCCCCGCUGGCACCCUGCAAUACUGUUUUUAUCUCUCAAGCCUGUCCAGUUUUUACCUCUCAAGCCUUCCACACUGAACCUCCAGCGAUUUGUCCAAGACAAGUUGGCGUGAUCGUACCAGGAGACUUGCUCCAACAGGAGACUUCUACUGCAGCAACUGUUGGACUUCAGCAUGAUCACAUCUCCGUUGCUGGCUUAUGUGGCGAUUCUGUUUUUCUGUGUCUUAAAAGCCAGCUCCCUGGAUACCUUUAUCGCCGCUGUUUAUGAACAUGCAGUGAUAUUGCCUGAUGCCCCCCUCACACCAGUAUCCCAUGAAGAAGCUUUGAUGUUAAUGAACCGCAAUCUGGAUCUUUUGGAGGACGCAAUCACGUCAGCAGCAAAGCAGGGUGCACAUAUUAUUGUGACUCCAGAAGAUGGUGUUUACGGCUUUUUCUUCAGCAGGGAAUCUAUUUACUCAUACUUAGAGGACAUCCCAGACCCUCACGUGAACUGGAUCCCUUGUACCAAUCCCAACAGAUUUGGCCACACUCCAGUACAAAAAAGACUCAGCUGCCUGGCCAGGGACAACUCCAUCUACAUUGUGGCAAAUAUUGGGGACAAGAAGCCAUGCAAUGCCAGUGACCCUGAUUGUCCCCAUGACGGCCGUUACCAGUACAACACUGAUGUGGUGUUUGAUUCUGAGGGCAGACUGGUGGCACGCUAUCAUAAGCAAAACCUUUUCUUGGGUGAAGAUCAAUUCGACGCACCCAAGGAACCCGAGAUCGUGACUUUUGACACCACCUUUGGAAGAUUUGGCAUUUUCACGUGCUUUGAUAUUCUCUUCCAUGAUCCCGCUGUGACUCUGGUGAAAGAUUUCCAGGUGGACACCAUACUCUUCCCGACAGCUUGGAUGAAUGUUUUGCCACAUUUGACAGCUAUUGAAUUCCACUCAGCUUGGGCUAUGGGCAUGAGAGUCAACUUCCUUGCAGCCAAUAUACAUUUCCCCUUAAGAAAAAUGACAGGAAGUGGCAUCUAUGCACCUGAUUCUCCAAGAGCAUUUCAUUACGAUAUGAAGACAAAGGAGGGAAAACUCCUCCUCUCACAACUGGACUCCCACCCACACCGCCCAGCAGUGAAUUGGACUUCUUAUGCCAGUGGUUUACCAGCCCCCUUAGUGGGAAACCAGGAAUUUAAAAGCAUUGUCUUUUUUGAUGAGUUCACCUUCUUGGAGCUCAAAGGAGUUGCAGGAAAUUACACAGUUUGUCAGAAAGAUCUCUGCUGUCAACUAAGUUACAGGAUGCUUGAGAAGAGAGAAGACGAAGUUUAUGCACUAGGGGCGUUCGAUGGACUACAUACUGUGGAAGGGAGCUAUUAUUUACAGAUUUGUACUUUGUUGAAGUGUAAAACAAUGGACUUACACUCUUGUGGUGACUCGGUGGAAACUGCUUCCACCAGGUUUGAAAUGUUCUCCCUCAGUGGCACUUUUGGAACCCAGUAUGUGUUCCCUGAGGUGUUGCUGAGUGACAUACAGCUUGCACCUGGAGAAUUUCAGGUGUCAAGUGAUGGACGCUUGUUCAGCCUGAAGCCACUGUCUGGACCUGUCUUGACUGUCACUCUGUUUGGGAGGUUAUAUGAGAGGGAUAGUGCAUCAGGUGCUUCAGCAGACCUCGUGGCACAAGUACUGAGAGUCAUGCUCGGAGUUAUAAUAACUAUUAUGUACUCAUUAAGUUGGUAGAAUAUUUAUACUUUUCUCUCUUUCACUUUCGAUCCUUUAAAAAAUGAUGGAUAUGAAAAGAAGAAGGGGUCUGGGAUCUUGAUCAUAAGUGGUUGUGGUCUAUCAUUUCAACGAAUUACUAAUACAUUCUUCUCUUGUUUAGACACACACACGACCAUAUAAGCCAAAUACAUCGUGACAAAAUUUUGAAAGAUAAAAUCUGUAAAAUGAGAACAACAGUUAUAUCCACUGGGAGGAUUUUUGGGUGAGAAUUAAAUGAAUACAUUUCAAGUGCUUAAACAAGUUCCAGGCUCAUGGGAAGCCCUGUGUGUUAGCUAUUACAAUGCUAUAUGACUAAAAUAAUACGAUUGUGAUGUAUUUGUUGCUAAAAUUGUAACAUCUCUGAUUGUUCAGAGUGCCUUCAUUUUGCAAUGGUUCGACCACGCUGUAUAUCUCAAUUAGAAAAAUCAAUGAAGUCACCCUCAGCCAGUUGGUGUGGCGUGUAGUCUAGCACUAACGUAUCCCAGAAGGCAGCUGGCUUACAUCUGGGAAUCUGCUCCAGGGCCGUAACAUUUUUCAUGUGCUUUUUGGGGAUGAUUUACUGACUAUUCAGGGCUUUGCCUCUCUUAGCCUGUAAGCAAAUUAAUAGGGUGACUCUAAAAUAGACAUUUAUCAAAUCUGGUCUGUUCACCAGUUUCAUAUCGCUUGUGAACUAAGAAAGGUUUUUAUAUUUAUAAAUGUUUUGAAAAAGAAAGUCAAGGAGUUCCCUUGUGGUCUAGUGCUUAGGACUCAGCUUUUACCACUGUAGCCUGGGUUCAAUCCUUGGUCUGGAACUGAGAUCCCACAUCAAGCCACUAUACGCUGUGACCCACCCCUCCCCCAACAAAACAAGGAAAGAAAAAGAAAAUAAAGAUUAAUGCUCUGUGACACAUGAAAAUUAUUUGAAAUUCAAAAUUCAGUCUCCAUACCUUAUGUUUUAUUGAACACAGCCACGUUCAUUUGUUUGGUAUUGUUGAUGGUUGUUUUCACACUACAGUUAUGGAAUUGACUAGUUCUGAUUGUGACUUCAUGGCCAAAGAACCUGAAAAUAUUCACUGCCUUCCCAGGAAAGGUUGCUGACUCUUGCUCCAAAGUAUUACAUAACAAUCAGUUAUAGUAUUGAAAACCUUUAAUACAAAUCAAUGGGCGAAUUUUC